AUGUUUCGUUUCCUUUAUGAAUGCCGGGGUUUCCUGUCGUCUCCCAUAUUUAAGCGCUAUUUUCUGCUCUUUUCGAUCUCGGAACAACAGUGUUUCCAAUCAGAUCUCAUUCCCUUCCAUCUCUUUUUGCAGGUCGUGGAAAGGAUAUAUUGGAUUGGUCGUGCUGAUUCGAUAGUUGUUCCGGUGUUUGAUUGA